AUGGAAUCAGAUUGGACGAGAGAGCAACCCAGGACAUACAGCUGCAAAGAACUUGGACCUUGGGGACUGUUCAACAUCAAGGAGGACGUCACAGGACACACCCAGGUCAAGUCCUCAGUCCAGCGCGCGAUCCGCGCCAAGAUCUUGGAGCAGUACAAGGAGGGUAUCGAAGGCAUCAUUGACGAUGUCAUGCCCAAGAAGGCGCCCCUCAUCCUCAUGAAAUGCCACGAGCACAUCAACCUUAUCGUCAUGAACAACGAGGUUCUCUUCUUCAACCACUUUGACGGCCCUUACUUCCCCACCCUCAAGCUCCUCCACAAAUACCCCAACAUGUUGCCAAGGUUGCAAGUGGACCGCGGCGCCAUCAAGUUUGUCAUGGCAGGAGCCAACAUCAUGUGCCCAGGAUUGACUUCAAAAGGUGCCCGCAUGGACGUCUCUGUUCCCGCAGACGCCGUCGUUGCUAUCACUGCCGAGGGCAAGAACGAGAUCUUGGCCGUCGGGACCACGAAAAUGUCGACGGAUGAUAUCAAGCGCAUCAACAAGAACAUCGGUGUGGAAACGGCGCAUUAUUUGAACGACUACUUGUGGAAGACUGUGGUCGACAUCUGA